AUGGCAACAUUUCUCAAUACCCAGAAAAGCAGUUCGUCUGCACCGCGUGGAGCGGACAUGGCAAGACCUAGAAACAAGUUUCUUCCUUCGAUAUUCGAAGAGAAAAACGACGAUAAAAUUCAGGAUUUUCGCAAAACUCUGAAGAUAACUGAAGAUGAAGAUGUAGAUGUGGAUUUGGAAGUUCGUUCAGGUAUGCACGAAGGAGAAGGCGCUGAUGAAAAGAGUCUACGAGAAGAACUUCCAACGCGAGGCGGCAGAGCGAGCACCGCGGGCAAGUUUAAAUCGCUUGUGAGAAGUUUGUCCGAAACACGCUUUGAGAAUGGUUCUUGGCGUUCAAAGCGCCAAGGUUCAGCAUUUGUCGGUAGGAAACGCAUAAACUCUGGUAUUCCUUCGGGUAAUCGAUCAUUUGGAUAUGGACAAAGGAAAAUAACAUCUCCUGGUGUAAACAGGGGUCGCGCAGUUGAUAUGCCUGAAGUCAUCGAUUUAACAAAUCCCGAAGAAGCCAAAAACAUCGCGAGACGUUUCUUUGAAGAUGAACUUAAAAUGGAUUUAGCUGACCCACGCUUUAAUAAACCUGAAGAUUUCAUCGCCAGUUUGCGCUGGAAAGCGGAGAGAAAGUUCAGUUAUAGUGAGUUAUGGCAUAGACGACGAAGCUCUAUACAUGCAUCAUCUUUGAUAAAAAAUCCGGAGAUUUUCCAACUGAAUGCGAACACCGUGAACAACAAACUUGCAAAGCUGAAUAAUCAAGAAGAAUUUUUCGAAAAAUUACCACAAUUUUCUCAGCUUGAAUCCAAAUAUUUUCAAGUGGCCUACUCCAAGCCAAAAACAGGAGGAAAUGGUAACUCUCAUGGAAGAAAGAAGCUAACGUCGUCUUUUAGAGAACAGACUGAGGCGGCCGGACCCAAGAGAAGGCAAGGAAGAAUUCUGAACCCAAUACCAAGAGAUGCGAAAAAAUCUAAGAAUGCCUUAAGGCUACGAGGACAAAGCCAAGUGAAUGGCUUGAAACAAACCUAA